AUGUCUGCCGAAGAAGUCACUGGCCUGGAGGCCGCGCGCAAGCAGAAGAUCCACAACCUGAAGCUGAAGACGGCAUGCCUCGAAAAUGAGGAGCUGAUCCAGGAGCUGCACGUUUCGGACUGGUCCGAGACGCAGCGGCAGAAGCUGCGCGGUGCUCACCUGAAGGCGGAGGAACUUGUUGCGGCCGUCGACGUCGGCACAAAGUGGAACCUGACGGAGGCGUACGACUUGGCGAAGCUGAUGCGGGUGUGUGGCCUUGAAAUGAGCCAGCGUGAGCUGUACCGCCCGGAGGACAAGGCGCAGUUUAUGGACAUCAUUGGGGUGAAGAAGGUGCUGCAGGACCUGAAGCAGAACCGCAACAAGACGCGCGUGGUGAGCUUCACGCAGAUGAUCGACAACGCAAUUGCGAAGAUGGAGAAGGUGGAGGAGGAGCUUCGCCGGUCGCAGUUGGAUGCGACCCAGCUGGCGCAGGUUCCGACACGGACGCUGAAGCAGAUUGAGGAUAUUAUGAACGCCACACAAAUUCAGAACGCACUCGCGUCGACAGACGACCAGAUCAAGACGCAGUUAGCGCAGCUUGAGAAGACCAACGAGAUUCAAAACGUUGCCAUGCAUGACGGUGAGAUGCAGGUUGCUGAGGAGCAGAUGUGGACGAAGGUGCAGCUGCAGGAGCGACUGAUUGACCUGAUCCAGGACAAGUUCCGGUUGAUUACCAAAUGCGAGGAGGAGAACCAGCCGUUUAAGAAGAUCUACGAGGUGCAGAAGCAGGCGAACCAGGAGACGAGCCAGAUGAAGGACGCGAAGCGGCGCCUGAAGCAGCGGUGCGAGACGGAUUUGAAGCACAUUCACGACGCGAUCCAGAAGGCGGAUCUGGAGGAUGCCGAGGCGAUGAAGCGUCAAGCUGCGAACAAGGAGAAGAGUGACAGCUUUGUCCGCGAGAACGAAGAGAAGCAGGAGGAGGCGUGGAACAAGAUUCAGGACCUGGAGCGGCAGCUGCAAAAGCUGGGGACGGAGCGUUUCGAGGAGGUGAAGCGGCGCAUUGAGGAGAUCGAUCGCGAGGAGAAGCGGCGCGUGGAGUACUCACAGUUCCUUGAAGUCGCGUCACAGCACAAGAAGCUUCUGGAGCUAACGGUGUACAAUUGCGAUCUGGCGAUCCGGUGCACAGGGCUGGUGGAGGAGUUGGUGUCGGAGGGAUGCGCCGCGGUGAAGGCCCGCCACGACAAGACAAGUCAGGACCUGGCGGCGCUACGGCUGGAGGUGCACAAGGAGCACCUGGAGUACUUCCGCAUGCUCUACCUCACCCUGGGCUCGCUCAUCUACAAGAAAGAGAAGCGGAUGGAGGAGAUUGACCGCAACAUCCGCACGACACACAUUCAGCUUGAGUUCUGCGUGGAGACGUUUGACCCGAACGCGAAGAGGCAUGCCGACAUGAAGAAGGAGCUGUACAAGCUGCGCCAGGGUGUGGAGGAGGAACUGGCGAUGCUGAAGGAGAAGCAGGCGAAGGCGCUGGAGGACUUCAGGGAGUCGGAGGAGGCGCUGGACGCUGCUGGCAUCGAGUUCAACCACCCCGUGGACGAGAACAACGAGGAGGUGCUGACGCGGCGCAGCAAGAUGGUGGAGUACCGCUCGCACUUGUCGAAGCAGGAGGAGGUGAAGAUUGCCGCGGAGCGCGAGGAGAUCAAGCGGGCACGGCUCUUGCGCACCGGUGGGGGUGGCAGUGGGGAGCAGCCUCGCAUUGGGCACAAUACCGCUCCUGCGCGUCUUGAGUGA